AUGGCGGGACGGGCCGAGACGCGAACCCCUGAGCCGCCCGACCGCGACGAACACGAAGAUUCACCCCCAAGAUUUGCGAGGCCGCGACGCACCACAAGACCACCGAAUAACUACGCUCAAGAGCAAGAGAUUGACACCGAGCAGAGAAAGACACGCGCCCAAUCGAAAAAGGGACGUCAAGGCAAAUCAGUACCCCAGCACGACGCAGUAUCUUCAGACGACUCCUCGACGGAGAGCGAGGACUUGAGCGCUACCGAUCUCUUGAAAGAGCUUGUGAAGCUAAGGAAAGAGAUUAGACGACGCGAUGAUCUGCAUAAGAAAGAGCUGCAAAAAAUCAAAGAGGAAUUCAGCGCAACCCUUGCAGAAGUCCGACAGGAGCUACAGACCCUGGCAGACAGACCCCCGACACCGCAAGCCCUCUCCGAGCCUUGCUCUCAGAACGGCCACGAUGAGAUCCUUCGCGAAAUUCACUCUCUGCGCAUGGCAAUCAACCCGUCAGGCCCCGCCUCGGGAUCUCCGUCCUAUGCAGAUGUCGCCCGUACUCCCCCAAUGAGCUACCCAAGCAACAUACGGACCCUCUCAUCGGCGAACACGACACCGACUAGCUUCACCGACACGCUAUAUUGCACGAUAGACACCUCAAAGAUGAUAGACAAUGGAAAUGAAAGGAUGUCCCCAGGCUCUAUCCGUGCAGCGGUCGAGACAGAAAUUCGGACGAUGGAAAACCACAUGCAUUGGCGCUGUCGCGCUGUCACGGUGGAUCCAAAGAACACAAAUCGGAUCAGAAUUGCCUGUCGGGAUGAAACUGAACACCGGCUGGUCAAAGAAGUGGCGGAGGCUAAGAUUGGUGCCGGAGCCCGAGUACUCCGUGACGAGCUUUACCCGAUCAAAGUUGACAGCGUCAACAGAGCUGCAGUCCUGGAUGAAAAUGAUGAGAUCCGAGCCGGGGCUGCGGCAGCCUUCAGCGAGGAGAACGAAGCUAGCGUGGCUAAGAUCGCAUGGCUCAGCGGAAAGGAGAGCACGAAGGCCUAUGGAUCAAUGGUCGUUUAUCUCACCAAAGGUAUUGAUGCACGGAGGCUCCUAGCUGAUGGUUUCUUUCAUGCUGGGGGAGAGUCAGGCGUGACCAGCACCUUCGAAUAUCGACCACGACCGAUGCAAUGCUACAACUGCCAGGAGAUUGGCCACAAAGCGUUCCAGUGUAAGAACGGUCAGAGUGCGUUCCAUGCGGAGGCCCACACGAAUCGUACAGCAAAAACUGCCGGAAGCUCUAUCCGUCACGUCAUGAAUAAAACUCUCCGAAUACUCCAACUGAAUGUGAGAAAACAGGGAGCGGUACUCGACAGCUUGAUGAACGACGAAGAAACCCAGGGGGCUGUGGCACUAGCGAUUCAGGAACCCCAAGCGAGGAGAAUUCAAGGCCGGCUUUUGACAACCCCGAUGGGACACCACAAAUGGACGAAACUGGUCCCCUCCACCUGGAGGGAAGGCCGAUGGGCAAUCCGAAGUAUGCUUUGGAUCAAUAAGGAUGUGGAAGCGGAGCAACUAUCAAUCGAGUCGCCGGAUCUGACCGCGGCGGUCAUCCGCCUACCCGAGCGGCUAAUAUUUAUGGCAUCAGUCUACGUAGCGGGAGGAGAUGUGGCGGCAUUGCUCGAAACAUGCGAUCACCUACGCAAAGCGAUCACAGAGGUACGACGAAACACAGGCACAGCGUUGGAGAUCAUAAUUGUAGGUGACUUUAAUCGUCAUGAUCAACUCUGGGGAGGAGACGACGUGUCUUUGGUAAGACAAGGUGAAGCGGACCCAAUCAUCGACUUUAUGAAUGAAUAUGCACUCAGCAGUCUACUCAAACGAGGCACAAAGACAUGGCAUGGCGCAGGACAGCAUGGGGACUGUGAGUCGACUAUCGACCUCGUCCUGGCCUCGGAGAACCUGACAGACUCCAUGGUUAAGUGUGCCAUACUCGGGACGGGACACGGGUCGGAUCACUGCACCAUUGAGACCGUAUUCGACGUCCCAUGGAAGCCCCCAACGCGUCAGGAACGACUCCUGCUGAAAAAUGCUCCAUGGAAAGAAAUCAAUGUUAGGAUUGCGAACACCCUAGCCGCCACUCCGUUGGAGGGCACCGUGCAGCAGAAAACCGAUCAACUCAUGUCCGCGGUCUGGGAUGCGGUGCAUGCAUUGACACCGAAGGCCAAACCGUCACCACACGCAAAGCGAUGGUGGACAGAUGACUUGACACAGCUACGUCAAGUAUACACAUAUUGGAGAAAUCACGCACGCUCGGAGCGACGGGCGGGACGAAAGGUCCCCCAUCUAGAAGAGAUGGCCCAAGGCGCAGCGAAGCACUAUCACGAUGCUAUCCGGCAACAAAAGAAGAAGCACUGGAAUGAAUUCCUUGCAGACAACGAUAACAUAUGGAAAGCCGCCAAAUACCUAAAGUCGGGAGACGACGCAGCGUUUGGAAAGGUCCCACAGCUCCUGAGAGCAAACGAAACGACCACCACCGAUCACAAGGAGCAAGCAGAAGAAUUGCUGACCACGUUCUUCCCGCCUCUGCCGGACAUUAUUGACGAUGAAGGGACGAGACCAGAAAGAGCACCGGUAGAAAUGCCAGCGAUCACGAUGGAAGAGGUAGAGCGGCAACUGUUAGCGGCGAAGUCUUGGAAAGCGCCGGGCGAAGACGGUCUGCCGGCGAUCGUUUGGAAGAUGACGUGGCCUACGGUCAAAGACAGGGUUCUCGAUCUCUUCCAAGCAUCGCUGGAAGGAGGCACGUUGCCAAGGCAGUGGAGACACGCGAAGAUCAUACCGCUCAAAAAGCCGAACAAAGAGAACUACAACAUAGCCAAAGCAUGGAGACCAAUAUCACUCCUCGCGACGCUGGGCAAGAUAUUAGAGUCAGUGGUUGCAGAAAGGAUCUCACACGCGGUGGAGACGUACGGCUUGCUCCCGACCAGCCACUUCGGAGCCCGAAAGCAGCGGUCCGCGGAGCAAGCACUCGUGCUCCUUCAAGAGCAAAUCUAUACGGCGUGGCGCGGCCGACGAGUGCUGAGCUUGAUCAGCUUCGAUGUUAAAGGAGCCUACAACGGAGUGUGCAAAGAACGAUUGCUUCAAAGGAUGAAAGCGCGAGGCAUACCGGAGAACCUGCUCCGGUGGGUUGAGGCGUUCUGCUCGGAAAGGACGGCGACCAUUCAAAUCAAUGGGCAAUUGUCUGAGAUCCAGAGCCUGCCCCAGGCUGGAUUACCACAGGGUUCGCCGCUAUCUCCAAUCCUAUUCCUCUUCUUCAACGCAGACCUCGUUCAACGACAGAUCGACAGCCAGGGAGGAGCAAUCGCAUUCGUGGACGAUUUUACCGCAUGGGUGACCGGACCGACUGCCCAGAGUAAUCGGGAUGGCAUCGAAGCAAUAAUCACUGAAGCACUCGACUGGGAGAAAAGAAGCGGAGCGACUUUUGAGGCGGAAAAAACCGCCAUCAUACACUUCGCUCCCAAAGCUCACAAAACGGACCAGGAGCCUUUCACCAUCAAGGGACAGACCGUUGUGCCUAGAGACCAUGUUAAGAUAUUGGGCGUUCUUAUGGACACAAGACUCAAGUACAAGGAACAUAUCGCGAGGGCGGCAUCCAAAGGCCUGGAGGCAGCAAUGGAGCUUCGGCGACUUCGCGGCCUAACGCCAGCAACCGCACGACAGCUGUUCACAUCGACAGUGGCUCUGGUGGUAGACUAUGCUUCUAGUGUCUGGAUGCACGCCUGUAAGGAUAAGGCCAGUGGGCCGAUCAAUCGAGUCCAAAGGGUAGGAGCGCAAGCAAUUGUAGGGACAUUUCUCACAGUUGCGACCAGCGUAGCGGAGGCCGAGGCUCACAUUGCCACCGCACAACACCGUUUUUGGAGACGGGCCGUGAAAAUGUGGACGGACAUUCACACCCUUCCAGAAACCCACCCGCUCCGCAGGAGUCCAGCCUGCAUGAAGAAGUUCAGGAGAUACCACCGUUCGCCGCUGUACCAGGUAGCGGACGCGCUGAAAAACAUUGAGAUGGAAACUCUGGAAACCGUCAAUCCGUUCGUGUUGGCACCGUGGGAGACUCGCAUACAGAGCGAUGGUGAAGCAAUGCCGCACUCGCACAUCGUACCGGGCGGAUCAUUGCAAGUUGCGGUCAGCAGUUCAGCACGAAACGGCCUCGUAGGUUUUGGGGUGGCGAUCAAGAAACAGCCACCUCGAUAUCGGAAGCUGAAACUGAAGACCUUUUCCACGACACUAGGCCCAAGAUUAGAGCAAAAUCCGUUCUCCGCGGAGCUAGCAGCACUGGCACACACAUUGAAAAUGCUAGUGGGACUGAAAGACUACAGGAUCACGCUGCUCACGAGCAACAAAGCAGCGGCCCUCACGAUGAGGAAUCCUCGGCAACAGUCGGGCCAGGAGUUCGUCUGCCAAUCGUAA